AUGACCAGUAUUAGAUUCCCAACUGGGUUUAACAUAACAAACUACCUCAGCUCUGGACUUACGAGCAUGGUCUACUUAGACUCGUCCUCCGGUACCGUCGUGAAAUAUCCUCACCAAGUAGAGGAAGAGCCCGCUAUUGAGGUUGAGAGACAGAUCUACGAGCGAAUCCAGCAACACGGCGGGCACAAAGGUCUGCUGAGAUUAUAUGGUACGGUCGAAUCCGGCAUCCGGCUGGAAUAUGCGAGCAAGAAUGGACUCCGCGAAUACAUCCAAGCUCAUGAGAUCACCAACAAGCAACGCCUUCAAUGGGCGCAAGAAAUUACCAGUGCGCUUACCUUUGUGCAUUCGAUAAGUGUCAUUCAUGCAGAUCUAACCUGCGGCAAUGUUUGCUUGGACGGCAAUCUACAAGCCAAGCUCCUCGACUUUAGUGGCUCCUCCCUGGAUGGCUCCGAGCCAUUUGUUGUCGUGACUGCCAGCCAUAAAUAUCCCGGAAACGACCUUAAAUCAAUUCGGGCAGAUCUGUUUGCACUUGGCUCUACCCUGUACGAAAUCUGGACUGGCAAACCUCCGUACUUUGAGCUGGGGCUCAAAGAGAUAGAAAUCACCGAAUUGUUGAUACAGUCCAAAUUUCCUGAGACGAAAAGCCUAGGGCCAAUAGGCGACAUCAUCAUGGGGUGCUGGCAAGGCAGGUUUACAAGUGCAGAUGAGGUUCUGAAAGUCAUCAUGUCCUGUCGUAGAACCUAUCCCUUCGCUCCUCCCAUCCUCGAAACGACGUACGAGCCGUACAACAGUAAGACUGAAUUUGAAGAUAUAGAGGCGUGUAGAAGCAGUUGCAAAUGCUUCAGUGGAGAAUCAUGUUCCGCUACACUGGGUGUUCCGCUACACUGGGUGUUCCGCUACAUGUGGAUUCAUUACACGAUAUUAACAUGGUCGUGGAGACAAUAUCAUGCGUGGUAUGGUGUAUUCACCGUGUUGGUCUACCUCUAUGAGCGCCUUCCAGAAAAUGCAGGUAAACGUAUACUGCGUACGAGCAGUCACUGGGCUACAAGAGAACCUGGAUCCGAUCGCAGAGCAGCCGGUGUGGCUGAAUAUAUGCUACAUCCUACCUACUACCAAGAAACAGGUUACUUAGCCGCGAAGCACAUACCUUGCGAGGACGCAAUCCUGCUCGAUCUGUUACUGGAAAUUACUGCUGGCGACUUCAAGCCACAUCAACGCAAAAUUUCCGGUGGACCAGGCAUUCGGCUCGAGAUCUUACAAGCUCUUGAGUCGAUGCAAAGAAAAGCGACGCAUGACCAUUCAGCAACGUUUGUCCGCGAAGAAGCUCAAAACUGA